AUGAAUGUGUUAAGCAACAAAUGCUUAAUAUUUGUUCUGUUAUUAUCAAUAUUUGUAUCGACAUGUGUGAGUGUGAUGCAGACUAAUGUGGAUUCUCAGACAUGCACAACCCGCAAGAGUCCUUGUUUUCUUAAGAAACUACCUUGUCCUGCUCAAUGUCCUUCAAAAUCACCAGCCAACCCAAGAGACAAAAUUUGCUAUCUUGAUUGUGAUUCUCCUGUCUGCAAAACUCAAUGCAAGAGUCGCAAACCAAAUUGUAAUGGCCGCGGAUCUGCAUGCUUGGACCCUCGGUUCGUUGGUGCUGAUGGCAUUGUUUUCUAUUUUCAUGGAAGGAGGAAUGAACAUUUCACCUUGGUAUCUGACGUUAACCUUCAAAUCAACGCUCGUUUUAUCGGCCUUAGGCCGAAAGGGAGACCAAGGGAUUAUACUUGGAUUCAAGCAUUAGGAGUUCUCUUUGAUUCUCACAACUUGUCUGUUGAGGCCACCCCAUCAACAAUUUGGGAUGAUGAAGUUGACCAUUUGAAGCUCUCUUAUGACGGAAAGGAACUCGUAAUCCCAGAAGGGCACCUUUCUACAUGGCAAUCUGAAGGAAAUCAACUUAGAGUCGAGAGAACAUCGAACGAGAACGGUGUCAUGGUUACAUUCCCAGAAGUUGCUGAAAUAUCUGUCAAUGUGGUUCCUGUGACCAAGGAAGACAGUAGAAUCCAUAACUAUCAGAUUCCUGAUGAUGAUUGUUUUCCUCAUUUGGAAGUACAGUUUAAAUUCUAUGGUUUAUCCUCCAAAGUUGAAGGUGUUCUUGGUAGAACUUAUCAGCCUGAUUUCCAAAAUCCGGCAAAGCCAGGCGUGGCAAUGCCGGUUGUUGGAGGGGAAGACAAAUAUAGAACCACGUCGCUUGUUUCAGCCGACUGUAAUGCUUGUAUAUUCUCUUCUGCUAAAGAUUCUGAGCAGGAAGGAUUGGAGAUUAUUGAAUAUGGUAUGAUGGAUUGCACUGGUGGUGCCAGCAGUGGUAAUGGUAUAGUUUGUAGAAGAUAA